AUGUGUUUCUUUAGGUUCAUGAUACAGAGGAAGGGUCCCACUACCACCAGGGUCAUAAAACUACUCCUGGAAAUGCCCCAAACUCCUAUGAAAGCCUUGUCAAAUGAGUGUUUCUUUAGGUUCAUGGUACAGAGGAAGGGUCACACUACCACCAGGGUCAUAAAACUACUCCUGGAAAUGCCCACAACUCCUAUGAAAGCCUUGUCAAAUGUGUGUUUCUUUAGGUUCAUGGUACAGAGGAAGGGUCACACUACCACCAGGGUCAUAAAACUACCCCUGGAAAUGCCCACAACUCCUAUGAAAGCCUUGUCGAAUAUGUGUUUCUUUAGGUUCAUGGUGCAGAGGAAGGGUCACACUACCACCAGGGUCAUAAAACUACCCCUGGAAAUGCCCACAACUCCUACGAAAGCCUUGUCAAAUGAGUGUUUCUUUAGGUUCAAGGUACAGAGGAAGGGUCACACUACCACCAGGGUCAUAAAGCUACUCCUGGAAAUGCCCACAACUCCUACGAAAGCCUUGUCAAAUAUGUGUUUCUUUAGGUUCACGGUACAGAGGAAGGGUCACACUACCACCAGGGUCAUAAAACUACUCCUGGAAAUGCCCACAACUCCUAUGAAAGCCUUGUCAAAUAUGUGUUUCUUUAGGUUCAUGGUACAGAGGAAGGGUCACACUACCACCAGGGUCAUAAAACUACUCCUGGAAAUGCCCACAACUCCUAUGAAAGCCUUGUCAAAUAUGUGUUUCUUUAGGUUCAUGGUACAGAGGAAGGGUCACACUACCACCAGGGUCAUAAAACUACCCCUGGAAAUGCCCACAAUGCCUAUAAAAGCCUUGUCAAAUGAGUGUUUCUUUAGGUUCAUGGUACAGAGGAAGGGUCACACUACCACCAGGGCCAUAAAACUACCCCUGGAAAUGCCCACAACUCCUACGAAAGCCUUGUCAAAUAUGUGAACUUGGGCAGAGAAAUGUUAAGUAAUACAGC